GCCCGCGGGACUGCAGCGGCGGCGGCGGGAGCGGGCGGACGCGCAGGCAAGACCAGGACUCAGGCUGGAGGGGCGCUGGGCUCGGACCCGCCAAGACCGCAGGGGAGCAAGGGGCAGAGGCGGGGGUCCUAGCUGACUGCUUCUACCGACUAGGAUGAGGCUGCGGCUUCUGGUGGCCGCGCUCUGCGCCGGGAUCCUGGCAGGGGCGCCCCGAGUGCGAGCCCAGCACAGGGAGAGAGUGACCUGCACGCGCCUUUACGCCGCUGACAUUGUGUUCUUACUGGAUGGCUCCUCAUCCAUUGGCCGCAGCAAUUUCCGCGAGGUCCGCAGCUUUCUCGAAGGGCUGGUGCUGCCUUUCUCUGGAGCAGCCAGUGCACAGGGUGUGCGCUUUGCCACAGUGCAGUACAGUGAUGACCCACGGACAGAGUUCAGCCUGGAUGCACUUGGCUCUGGGGGUGAUGUGAUCCGCGCCAUCCGUGAGCUCAGCUACAAAGGGGGCAACACUCGCACAGGGGCUGCAAUUCUCCAUGUGGCUGACCGUGUCUUCCUGCCCCAGCUGGCCCGACCUGGUGUCCCCAAGGUCUGCAUCCUGAUCACAGAUGGGAAGUCCCAGGACCUGGUGGACACAGCUGCCCAAAAGCUGAAGGGUCAGGGGGUCAAGCUGUUUGCUGUGGGGAUCAAGAAUGCCGACCCUGAGGAGCUGAAGCGAGUUGCCUCACAGCCCACCAGUGACUUCUUCUUCUUCGUCAAUGACUUCAGCAUCUUGAGGACACUACUCCCCCUCGUUUCCCGGAGAGUGUGCACAACUGCUGGUGGCGUGCCUGUGACCCGGCCUCCGGAUGACUCAACCUCUGCUCCACGAGACCUGGUGCUGUCUGAGCCAAGCAGCCAAUCCUUGAGAGUACAGUGGACAGCGGCCAGUGGCCCUGUGACUGGCUACAAGGUCCAGUAUACUCCUUUGACGGGGCUGGGACAGCCACUGCCGAGCGAGCGGCAGGAGGUGAACAUCCCAGCUGGUGAGACCAGCGUGUGGCUGCAGGGUCUCCGGCCACUGACUGAGUACCAAGUGACUGUGGUUGCCCUCUACGCCAACAGCAUCGGGGAGGCGGUGAGCGGGACAGCUCGGACCACUGCCCUGGAGGGGCCGGAACUGACCAUCCAGAAUACCACAGCCCACAGCCUCCUGGUGGCCUGGCGGAGUGUGUCAGGUGCCACUGGCUACCGUGUGACAUGGCGGGUCCUCAGUGGUGGGCCCACACAGCAGCAGGAGCUGGGCCCUGGGCAAGGUUCAGUGUUGCUGCGCGACUUGGAGCCUGGCACAGACUAUGAGGUGACCAUGAGCACCCUGUUUGGCCACAGUGUGGGGCCUGCCGCUUCCCUGACGGCUCGCACUGACGCUUCUGUUGAGCAGACCCUGCGCCCGGUCAUCCUGGGCCCCACAUCCAUCCUCCUUUCCUGGAACUUGGUGCCUGAGGCCCGUGGCUACCGGUUGGAAUGGCGGCGUGAGACUGGCUUGGAGCCACCACAGAAGGUAGUGCUGCCCUCUGAUGUGACCCGCUACCAGUUGGAUGGGCUGCAGCCGGGCACAGAGUACCGCCUCACACUCUACACUCUGCUGGAGGGCCACGAGGUGGCCACCCCUGCAACCGUGGUUCCCACUGGACCAGAGCUGCCUGUGGGCCCUGUGAUGGACCUGCAAGCCACAGAGCUGCCCGGGCAGCGGGUGCGAGUGUCCUGGAGCCCAGUCCCCGGUGCCACCCAGUACCGCAUCAUUGUGCGCAGCACCCAGGGGGUUGAGCGGAUCCUGAUGCUUCCCGGGAGUCAGACAGCGUUCGACUUGGAUGACGUUCAGGCUGGGCUUAGCUACACUGUGCGGGUGUCUGCUCGAGUGGGUCCCCGUGAGGGCAGUGCCAGUGUCCUCACUGUCCGCCGGGAGCCGGAAACCCCACUUGCUGUUCCAGGGCUGCGGGUUGUGGUGUCAGAUGCUACGAGAGUGAGGGUGGCCUGGGGACCCGUCCCUCGAGCCAGUGGAUUUCGGAUUAGCUGGAGCACAGGCAGUGGUCCAGAGUCCAGCCAGACACUGCCCCCAGACUCUACUGUCACAGACAUCACAGGGCUGCAGCCUGGAACCACCUACCAGGUGGCUGUGUCUGUACUGCGAGGGAGAGAGGAGGGCCCUGCUGCGGUCAUCGUGGCUCGAACAGACCCACUGGGCCCAGUGAGGACAGUCCAUGUGACUCAGGCCAGCAGCUCAUCUGUCACCAUUACCUGGACCAGGGUUCCUGGCGCCACAGGAUACAGGGUUUCCUGGCACUCAGCCCACGGCCCAGAGAAAUCCCAGUUGGUUUCUGGGGAGGCCACGGUGGCUGAGCUGGAUGGGCUGGAGCCAGAUACUGAGUAUACGGUGCAUGUAAGGGCCCAUGUGGCUGGUGUGGAUGGGCCCCCUGCCUCUGUGGUUGUCAGAACUGCCCCUGAGCCUGUGGGCCGUGUGUCAAGGCUGCAAAUCCUCAAUGCUUCCAGCGACGUUCUGCGGAUCACCUGGGUAGGGGUCACUGGGGCCACAGCUUACAGACUGGCCUGGGGCCGGAGUGAAGGUGGCCCCAUGAGACACCAGAUACUCCCAGGAAACACAGACUCUGCAGAGAUCCGGGGUCUCGAAGGUGGAGUCAGCUACUCAGUUCGAGUGACUGCACUUGUCGGGGACCGCGAGGGCACACCUGUCUCCAUUGUCGUCACCACACCGCCUGAGGCUCCGCCAGCCCUGGGGACGCUUCAAGUGGUGCAGCGCGGGGAGCACUCGCUGAGGCUGCGCUGGGAGCCGGUGCCCGGAGUGCAGGGCUUCCUUCUGCGCUGGCAACCAGAGGGUGGCCAAGAACAGUCCCGGGUCCUGGGCCCCGAGCUCAACAGCUAUCACCUGGACGGGCUGGAGCCAGCCACACAGUACCGCGUGAGGCUGAGUGUCCUCGGGCCGGCUGGAGAAGGGCCCUCUGCAGACGUGACUGUGCGCACUGAGUCACCUCGUGUUCCAAGCACUGAACUACGUGUGGUGGACACCUCGAUCGACUCGGUGACUUUGGCCUGGACCCCAGUGUCCAGGGCAUCCAGCUACAUCCUAUCCUGGCGGCCACUCAGAGGCCCUGGCCAGGUGCCUGGGGCCCCGCAGACUCUUCCAGGGAUCUCAAGCUCCCAGCGGGUGACAGGGCUAGAGCCUGGCGUCUCUUACAUAUUCUCCCUGACGCCUGUCCUGGAUGGCGUGCAGGGUCCUGAGGCAUCCAUCACACAGGCGCCAGUGUGUCCCCGUGGCCUGGUGGAUGUGGUGUUCCUACCACAUGCCACUCAAGACAAUGCUCACCGUGCGGAGGCUACGAGGCGGGUCCUGGAGCGUCUGGUGUUGGCACUUGGGCCUCUUGGGCCACAGGCGGUUCAGGUUUGGUCCUGGGGCAACCAGAUUCCUACCUCUCCCUGUGGCCCCCCACCCAGGUUCCAUGCCAAUUACCAUCUCCUGACCACCCAACAGGUUGGCCUGCUGUCUUACAGUCACCGGCCCUCCCCACUGUUCCCCCUGAAUGGCUCCUAUGACCUUGGCAUUAUCUUGCAAAGGAUCCGUGACAUGCCCUACAUGGACCCAAGUGGCAACAACCUGGGCACAGCCGUGGUCACAGCUCACAGAUACGUGUUGGCACCAGAUGCUCCUGGGCGCCGCCAGCACGUGCCAGGGGUGAUGGUUUUGCUAGUGGAUGAACCCUUGAGAGGUGACAUAUUCAGCCCCAUCCGUGAGGCCCAGGCUGCUGGGCUUAAAGUGGUGAUGUUGGGAAUGGCUGGAGCGGACCCAGAGCAGCUGCGUCGCUUGGUGCCGGGCAUGGACUCUGUCCAGACCUUUUUCGCCGUGGAUGAUGGGCCAAGCCUGGACCAGGCAGUCAGUGGUCUGGCCGCAGCCCUGUGUCAGGCAUCCUUCACUACUCAGCCCCGGCCAGAACCCUGCCCAGUAUAUUGUCCAAAGGGCCAGAAGGGGGAACCUGGAGAAAUGGGCCUGAGAGGACAAGUUGGGCCUCCUGGCGACCCUGGCCUCCCGGGCAGGACUGGUGCUCCUGGCCCCCAGGGGCCCCCUGGAAGUGCCAUUGCUAAGGGCGAAAGGGGCUUCCCUGGAGCAGAUGGGCGUCCAGGCAGCCCUGGCCGCCCCGGGACUCCUGGGACCCCUGGAGCCCCUGGCCUAAAGGGCUCUCCAGGGUUGCCUGGCCCUCGUGGGGAACCGGGAGAGCAAGGACCUCGAGGCCCAAAGGGGGAGCCGGGGGCUCCUGGACAAGUCACUGGAGGCGAAGGACCUGGGCUUCCUGGGCGGAAAGGGGACCCUGGACCAUCGGGCCCCCCUGGACCUCGUGGACCACUGGGGGACCCAGGACCCCGUGGCCCCCCAGGGCUUCCUGGAACAGCCAUGAAGGGUGACAAAGGUGAUCGUGGGGAGCGGGGUCCCCCUGGACCAGGUGAAGGUGGCAUUGCUCCCGGGGAGCCCGGGCUGCCGGGUCUUCCCGGAAGCCCUGGACCCCAAGGCCCCGUUGGCCCCCCUGGAGAGAAAGGAGAAAAAGGUGACUCUGAGGAUGGAGCUCCAGGCCUCCCAGGACAACCUGGGUCUCCGGGUGAGCAAGGCCCACGGGGACCUCCUGGAGCUAUUGGCCCCAAAGGUGACCGGGGCUUUCCAGGGCCCCCGGGUGAGGCUGGAGAGAAGGGCGAACGCGGACCCCCAGGCCCAGCGGGAUCCCGGGGGCUGCCAGGGGUUGCUGGACGUCCUGGAGCAGAGGGUCCUGAAGGGCCACCAGGACCCACCGGCCGCCAAGGAGAGAAGGGGGAGCCUGGUCGUCCUGGGGACCCUGCAGUGGUGGGACCUGCUGUUGCUGGACCCAAAGGAGAAAAGGGAGAUGUGGGGUCUGCUGGGCCCAGAGGAGCUACUGGAGUCCAAGGGGAACGGGGCCCACCUGGCUUGGUUCUUCCUGGAGACCCUGGCCCCAAGGGAGACCCUGGAGACCGGGGUCCCAUUGGCCUUACUGGCAGAGCAGGACCCCCAGGUGACUCAGGGCCUCCUGGAGAGAAGGGAGACCCUGGGAGGCCUGGCCCCCCAGGACCUGUUGGCCCCCGAGGACGAGAUGGUGAAGUUGGAGAGAAAGGUGACGAGGGUCCUCCGGGUGACCCAGGUUUGCCUGGAAAAGCAGGCGAGCGUGGCCUUCGGGGGGCACCUGGAGUUCGGGGGCCUGUGGGUGAGAAGGGAAACCAGGGAGAUCCUGGAGCGGAUGGACAAAAUGGCAGCCCUGGACCAUCUGGAUCCAAGGGUGACCGUGGGGAGCCGGGUCCCCCAGGACUCCCGGGACGGCUGGUAGACACAGGACCUGGAGCAAGAGAGAAGGGAGAGCCUGGGGACCGCGGACAAGAGGGUCCUCGAGGGCCCAAGGGCGACCCUGGCCUCCCUGGAGCCCCUGGGGAUAGGGGCAUAGAUGGGCUUCGCGGGCCCCCAGGCCCACAGGGGGACCCAGGUGUCCGAGGCCCAGCAGGAGAAAAGGGUGACCGGGGUCCCCCUGGGCUGGAUGGCCGGAGCGGACUGGAUGGGAAACCAGGAGCCUCUGGGCCCCCUGGGCUGAAUGGUGUUGCAGGCAAAGCUGGGGACCCAGGGAGAGACGGGCUUCCAGGCCUCCGUGGAGAACAGGGCCCCCCUGGCCCCUCUGGUCCCCCUGGAUUACCGGGAAAGCCAGGCGAGGAUGGCAAACCUGGCCUGAAUGGAAAAAACGGAGAACCUGGGGACCCUGGAGAAGACGGGAGGAAGGGAGAGAAAGGAGAUUCAGGUGCCCCUGGGAGAGAAGGUCGUGAUGGCCCCAAGGGUGAGCGUGGCGUUCCUGGUAUCCUUGGACCCCAGGGCCCUCCAGGCCUCCCAGGGCCAGUGGGCCCUCCUGGCCAGGGUUUUCCUGGUGGUCCAGGAGGCACGGGCCCCAAGGGUGACCGUGGGGAGACUGGAUCCAAAGGGGAGCAGGGCCUCCCUGGAGAGCGUGGCCUGCGAGGAGAGCCUGGAAGUGUGCCGAACGUGGAUCGGUUGCUGGAAACUGCUGGCAUCAAGGUGUCUGCCCUGCGGGAGAUCGUGGAGACCUGGGAUGAGAGCUCUGGUAGCUUCCUGCCUGUGCCCGAACGACGUCGAGGCCCCAAGGGGGACCCAGGCGAGCGGGGCUCCCCAGGCAAGGAGGGCCCCAUCGGCUUUCCUGGAGAACGCGGGCUGAAGGGAGACCGUGGAGACCCUGGCCCUCAGGGGCCACCUGGCCUGGCCCUUGGGGAGAGGGGCCCCCCUGGACCUCCCGGCCUUGCCGGGGAGCCUGGAAAGCCUGGUAUUCCCGGGCUCCCAGGCAGGGCUGGGGGUGUGGGAGAGGCAGGAAGGCCAGGAGAGAGGGGAGAACGGGGAGAGAAAGGAGAACGUGGAGAACAGGGCAGAGAUGGCCCUCCUGGCCUCCCUGGAUCCCCUGGGCUCCCUGGACCCCCUGGCCCCAAGGUGUCUGUGGAUGGGCCAGGUCCUGCACUCUCUGGAGAACAGGGACCCCCUGGACUCAAGGGUGCUAAGGGAGAGCCAGGCAGCGAUGGUGACCGAGGUCCCAAAGGAGACAGGGGUGUGCCAGGCAUCAAAGGAGACCGGGGAGAGCCUGGACCGAGGGGCCAGGAUGGCAACCUGGGUCUACCGGGAGAGCGUGGUGUGGCUGGGCCUGAAGGGAAGCCGGGUCUGCAGGGUCCAAGAGGACCCCCUGGCCCAGCGGGUGGUCAUGGAGACCCUGGACCACCUGGUGCCCCGGGUCUUGCUGGCCCUGCAGGACCCCAGGGACCCUCUGGCCUGAAGGGGGAGCCUGGAGAGACAGGACCCCCUGGACGGGGCCUGCCUGGACCUACUGGAGCUGUGGGACUUCCUGGUCCCCCUGGGCCUUCGGGCCUUGUGGGUCCACAGGGGUCUCCAGGUUUGCCUGGACAAGUGGGGGAGAUAGGGAAGCCGGGAGCCCCAGGUCGAGAUGGUGCUGGUGGAAAAGAUGGAGACAGAGGGAGCCCUGGUGUGCCAGGGUCACCAGGUCUGCCCGGCCCUGUCGGACCUAAAGGAGAACCUGGCCCCACGGGGGCCCCUGGACAGGCUGUGGUCGGGCUCCCUGGAGCAAAGGGAGAGAAGGGAGCCCCUGGAGGCCUUGCUGGAGACCUGGUGGGUGAGCCGGGAGCCAAAGGUGACCGAGGACUGCCAGGGCCUCGAGGCGAGAAGGGUGAAGCUGGCCGUGCAGGGGAGCCCGGAGACCCUGGGGAAGAUGGUCAGAAAGGGGCUCCAGGACCCAAAGGUUUCAAGGGUGACCCAGGAGUUGGGGUCCCAGGCUCCCCUGGGCUGCCUGGCCCUCCAGGUGUGAAGGGAGAUCUGGGCCUCCCUGGCCCCCCUGGUGCUCCUGGUGUUGUUGGGUUCCCGGGUCAGACAGGCCCUCGAGGAGAGAUGGGCCAGCCAGGCCCUAGCGGAGAGCGGGGUCUGGCAGGCCCCCCAGGGAGAGAAGGAGUUCCAGGCCCCUUGGGGCCACCUGGACCACCGGGGUCAGUGGGACCAUCUGGGGCCUCUGGACUCAAAGGAGACAAGGGAGACCCUGGAGCAGGGCUGCCCGGGCCCCGAGGCGAGCGUGGGGAGCCAGGCAUCCGGGGUGAAGAUGGCCGCCCUGGCCAGGAGGGACCCCGAGGACUCACGGGGCCCCCUGGCAGCAGGGGAGAGCGUGGGGAGAAGGGUGAUGUUGGGACUGCAGGACUAAAGGGUGACAAGGGAGACUCCGCUGUGAUCCUGGGGCCUCCAGGGCCACGGGGUGCCAAGGGGGACAUGGGCGAACGAGGGCCUCGGGGCUUGGAUGGUGACAAAGGACCUCGGGGAGAUAGUGGGGACCCUGGUGACAAGGGCAGCAAGGGAGAGCCUGGUGACAAGGGCUCAGCUGGGUCGCCAGGACUGCGUGGACUCCCAGGACCCCAGGGUCAACCUGGUGCAGCAGGGAUCCCUGGUGACCCGGGCUCCCCAGGAAAGGAUGGAGUGCCUGGCAUCCGAGGAGGAAAAGGAGAUGUUGGCUUCAUGGGUCCCCGGGGCCUCAAGGGUGAACGAGGAGUGAAGGGAGCCUGUGGCCUUGAUGGAGAGAAGGGAGACAAGGGAGAAGCUGGUCCCCCAGGCCGCCCUGGGCUGGCAGGACACAAAGGAGAGAUGGGGGAGCCUGGUGUGCCGGGCCAGUCGGGGGCCCCUGGCAAGGAGGGCCUGAUCGGUCCCAAGGGUGACCGAGGCUUUGAUGGGCAGCCAGGCCCCAAGGGUGACCAGGGCGAGAAAGGGGAACGGGGAACCCCAGGAAUUGGGGGCUUCCCAGGCCCCAGGGGCAGUGAUGGCUCUGCUGGUUCCCCGGGGCCACCUGGCAGUGUUGGUCCCAGAGGCCCUGAAGGACUUCAGGGCCAGAAGGGUGAGCGAGGUCCCCCUGGAGAGAGAGUGGUGGGGGCUCCUGGGGCCCCUGGAGCCCCUGGCGAGAGAGGGGAACAGGGGCGGCCAGGGCCUGCUGGCCCCCGAGGCGAGAAGGGAGCAGCUGCACUGACGGAGGAUGACAUCCGGGGCUUUGUGCGCCAGGAGAUGAGUCAGCACUGCGCCUGCCAGGGCCAGUUCAUCGCAUCCGGAUCACGACCCCUCCCUAGUUAUGCUGCAGACACUGCCGGCUCCCAGCUCCAUGCUGUGCCUGUGCUCCGCGUCUCUCAUGCAGAGGAGGAAGAGCGGGUGCCCCCUGAGGAUGAUGAGUACUCCGAAUACUCCGAGUAUUCCGUGGAGGAGUACCAGGACCCUGAAGCCCCUUGGGAUAGCGAUGACCCCUGUUCCCUGCCGCUGGAUGAGGGCUCCUGUACUGCCUACACCCUGCGCUGGUACCAUCGGGCUGUGCCAGGCAGCACAGAGGCCUGUCACCCUUUUGUCUAUGGCGGCUGUGGAGGGAAUGCCAACCGUUUUGGGACCCGUGAGGCCUGUGAGCGCCGCUGCCCACCCCGAGUGGCUCAGAGCCAGGGGAGAGGUGCUACCCAGGACUGAGGCCCAGAUGAUGAGCUGAGAUUCAGAAUCCCCUAGAGGAGUCAGGGUCUCAGCAGAACCCGCUGUCCCUCCCCUUGGUGCUAGAGGCUUGUGUGCACGUGAGCGUGCGUGUGCAUGUCUAUUAUUUCAGUGACUUGGUCCCGUGGGUUUGGCCUUCCCCCCUGUGGACAAACCCCCAUUGUGGCUCCUGCCACCCUGGCAGAUGACUCACUGUGGGGGGUGGCUGUGGGCAGUGAGCGGAUGUGACUGGCGUCUGACCCGCCCCUUGACCCAAGCCUGUGAUGACAUGGUGCUGAUUCUGGGGGGCAUUAAAGCUGCUGUUUUAAAAGGC